GGGAGUGUGCGGCGCGCGAGCCUGUUUCUCCCCGUGUGUGCCAGAGUGUGAGCCUUGGUGGGUGCGACCCGGUGUGCGGACCGGCGUGCGCGCCGGGGUGGGAGCGAGCCGAGCGCGUCUACACCGGCCAUGAGGGGCGCGGGCGCCUGGGCCGCGCUCUGCCUGCUGCUGGCCGUGGCCGCGCAGCUCUCCCGGCAGCAGCCCCCGGAGAGACCUGUUUUCACAUGUGGCGGCAUUCUUACUGGAGAGUCUGGAUUUAUUGGCAGCGAAGGUUUCCCUGGAGUGUACCCUCCAAAUAGCAAAUGUACUUGGAAAAUCACAGUUCCUGAAGGAAAAGUGGUAGUUCUUAAUUUCCGAUUCAUAGAUCUGGAGAGCGACAACCUGUGCCGCUAUGACUUUGUAGACGUGUACAAUGGUCACACCAAUGGCCAGCGUAUCGGGCGCUUCUGUGGCACGUUCCGGCCUGGAGCCCUUGUGUCCAGCGGUAACAAGAUGAUGGUGCAGAUGAUUUCCGAUGCCAACACGGCUGGGAAUGGCUUCAUGGCCAUGUUCUCUGCUGCUGAACCAAACGAAAGAGGGGAUCGGUAUUGUGGAGGACGCCUUGAAAGACCUUCCGGCUCUUUUAAAACCCCCAACUGGCCAGAGCGAGAUUACCCUGCAGGAGUCACUUGUGUGUGGCACAUUGUAGCCCCAAAGAAUCAGCUUAUAGAAUUAAAAUUUGAGAAGUUUGAUGUUGAGCGUGACAACUAUUGCCGGUAUGAUUUUGUGGCUGUGUUCAAUGGUGGAGAAAUCAAUGACGCUAAAAGAAUUGGAAAAUAUUGUGGCGAUAGCCCACCUGCGCCAAUUGUAUCUGAGAGAAAUGAACUUCUCAUUCAGUUUUUAUCAGACUUAAGUUUAACUGCAGAUGGGUUUAUUGGUCACUACAAAUUCAGGCCAAAAAAACUGCCUACAACUACAGCAUCACCUGUUACCACCACGUUCCCUGUAACUACAGGUUUAAAACCCACCGUGGCCCUGUGUCAACAAAAGUGUAGACGGACGGGGACUCUGGAGAGCAAUUAUUGUUCAAGUAACUUUGUAUUGGCUGGCACCGUGAUCACAACUGUCACCCGAGGUGGAAGCUUGCAUGCCACUGUCUCGAUCAUCAACAUCUACAAGGAGGGAAAUCUGGCAAUUCAGCAGGCUGGCAAGAACAUGAGUGCCAAGAUCACUGUGGUCUGCAAGCAGUGCCCUCUCCUCAGGAGAGGUCUAAAUUACAUUAUUAUGGGCCAAGUGGGUGAAGACGGGCGAGGCAAAAUCAUGCCAAACAGCUUUAUCAUGAUGUUCAAGACCAAGAAUCAGAAGCUCCUGGAUGCCUUGAAAAACAAGCAAUGUUAAUAAUGAACUGUGUCGAUUUAAGCUGCAUUCUGUCAUUGCCUUGGAAAGAUCUCUAUUUUUCUCUGUAGGAAAAAAAAAGUCUUAUAUUAAAUAUUGAGCAUUCAGAAAGAUUUACUCUUCACAUGAUGUAGGUAUGAGACUCCGGUACCACCGGUGGGAGUUCUGUGCCUGCGCCGAGAGGAGCAGAUACAUGAUUGACAACUUGCAGACUUGGUGCGGCGAUAGGAAACUGAAUGUAUCAAGCACUGACAGUGUGGAAGCAGUUUAUUUAUACGUCUCUGUAAAAGGGUAUUUUAGAAAUGAGUGGAGUGAAGAUGUAAAAAAGAGAUUUUAUAAGUGCAAUAUUUAUAGUGAUAUUUGUUUUACCUUCAAGCAUUUGCUCUGAGGGGUUAUAUUCUCUUGCAUUUUUUAAGUCACUGCUUAAUAAAAUAUUUUUAAAUGAUUA